AUGGCCGAUUUGGGUGAAAUUCGGAGAAUUUAUGACAUUCUGGAUGAAAACGCAAAUGGAAUGGUAAGCGUUGAUGAAAUGUUCGGCUUCAUUAACAAGCUCGGAAUACCAAUGUCCAAAGAAGACCUGAGAUGUAUGCUCAACAACCCUCUUCAGGACGACCUGCCAUUUGAGGAAUUUGUUGAUUUUUAUCAAUCCAUCUUCAAUCACCAAGAUGACGGAGAAAAUGAUGAGCCCGAUGAUUUGAUGAAGGCAUUCAGGGUUUUUGAUGAGAACAAAGAUGGGUACAUUUCUUGUAACGAGCUUCAGAAGGUGCUGUCCACAAUGGGAUUGAUUCCGCGGGGUCAAGAUUCACAAAACUGCGAGAAAAUGAUAUGUAGAUUUGAUUCGGAUGGUAAUGGAGUUUUGGAUUUCUCUGAAUUCAAAAAUAUGAUGUCCUCUAAGCUUUCCCCUCAUGUUGAUGAGGAUCUAUAUACAUAG